UGAAGCCCUGUUCGCAGUAAUGCAGCGAUAAUUCUUUUUUUCUCUCUAGCUGACAGACUCGCUGUUUUAUUUCUUUGUACUGACCAAGAGGCGCUGCACUAGCGCUCCGUUUAUCUGUGUGUUAGAGAGCGAUCUACUGGGGAGAUCAGUCUUUGAACAGUUUUCACUGUGUCCAAAUGCAGAAAACAUCGGCAGAGUAACACGAUUGUGCUGGAGCCUUCUUCCUCGUCAAUUCCGAGAACAACUCGUUUUGAAAUCUGUAUAUUUUAUUGUGUCAUCGCGACCGGGCAUCCUUUUUCUCUUCAAGUUUUGUGGGCGGAAAAAACUAAAUUGCUCUUGCGUUGCGUGGACAGAAGGAUCUCCGUACCCCCCAACGGACUUAAAGAGGGGAAACAACGUGCUUCGAAUAUAGAGCAGACUUAAACUCAUACACGCACCUCUCUGGACUGCGCGCUGCUUUCGUGAAGCGGCCAAAAAAUAUUGACCAGAAACGUUUGGAAUAAUUUAAACAUUUCACAGGUUUGAAACGAUUGAUCUCGUGAAAUCAGUUUCAUUGAGCGUCUUUGAGGCUUUCUUUCGGUACCGUCCCCGUAAUCGGAACCAUUGGGCAUCAGCUCUCGUGGUAAACGUCAAAACAAUAAAGCAGAAAAAAAAAUCGUUUUACGCGAAACCGGUCUUCUGUUUUGACAUGCAGUAGCCUCUUUGAUUUCACCUAUGGCUUCGCUGUAUCAGAGAUUUACGGGAAAGAUUAACACGAACAGGUCCUUUCCCGUUCUACCUGAAGCCAGCCGUCUCCUAGGCGGACAGUGCGCCGAAGAGGACAAUGCGGGGAAGACCACACGCCCCUUGCAAGACGGCCGUCCUCGUUUCCGCUAUCAGCACAGGAGUGAGUGCGAAGACGAGGAUGAGCUGGUGGGCAGCAACCCUCCGCAGAGGAACUGGAAGGGAAUCGCAAUCGCCCUGCUGGUCAUUCUGGUCAUCUGCUCCCUGAUCGUCACCUCCGUCAUCCUCCUGACUCCAGGUGAGGAUGAUGCCCUGGGUCUCAAGGCCAAGGUGUCCGUCAAAGACAUCUUCAGCAAGAAGUUCAAAGUCCACGACCCGGAGGCCAAGUGGAUCAGCGGGAGUGAGCUACUGUACCGCACACGCGAUGGAGACGUGGUCAUACACAACAUCGACACGAAUAAGACAAAUGUGCUGGUGGAGAACAAAAUGUUUGAAACGUACUUAGCCAGCAAGUAUGAAGUAUCCCCGGACAUGAAAUAUGUGCUGCUGGCACACAGCGUUGACCCAGUCUACCAGCACUCUUUCACUGCAUACUACAGCAUCUGCAGCCUGGAGACACCGAAGACGCUGAACCUGAACCCGCCGGAGGUGAGGAACACCCAGCUGCAGUAUGCCGGGUGGGGGCCGAAGGGCCAGCAGCUGAUCUACAUAUUUGAGAAUAACAUCUACUACCAGGCCACCGUGGAGAGCCGAUCCAUUCGCCUGGUUUCUACAGGAAAAGAAGGAGUCAUUUUCAAUGGCCUGAGUGACUGGUUGUAUGAAGAGGAGUUAUUCCAGACCCACAUCGCCCACUGGUGGUCUCCAGAUGGGGCCAGGCUGGCAUACGCCACCAUCAACGACACCCUUGUUCCCAAAAUGGAGAUCCCCAUGUUUACUGGCUCUGCCUACCCAACAGGAAGAGAGUACCAUUACCCCAAAGCAGGAGAAGAGAACCCCAUGAUCUUCCUGUACGUGGUCAACCUGAACGGCCCGCUGCACACCAUUGAGAUGAAGCGGCCGGAGGACCCGCGGAUAGGGGAGUACUACAUAACCAUGGUGAAAUGGGCCACAAGCACCAAGCUGGCUGUGAACUGGCUGAACAGACCGCAGAACAUCUCCAUCCUGACUCUGUGUGAGGUGACCACCGGGGUCUGCACCAAGAAACACGAGGAUGAAAGUGAGGGCUGGCUACACAGGCAGAACGAGGCACCGCUGUUCUCCCAUGAUGGACACAAGCUGUUCUUCACCCGCGCCAUCCCUCAGGGAGGGAAGGGCAAGUUUUUCCACAUCUCCAUGUCGUCCUCCCAGCCCAAUGCCAGCACCGACAGUCUGCAGUCUAUCACUUCUGGGGACUGGGACGUCACAGAAGUGCUGGCCUACGACGAGGAGAACCAGCUAAUAUACUUCUUGAGCACUGAGGAUGAUCCAAAACGAAGACAUCUCUACAGCGCGGACACCGCGGACCACUUCAACCGCCGCUGCCUGUCAUGUGACUUUGCUGAAGGCUGCGGCUACGUCAGCGGCUCCUUCAGUGACAACAUGCAGUACUUCCUCCUCAACUGUAAAGGUCCCGAUGUUCCUUUUGUCAUCGUUUACAACACUCAGACCAGACAGAGUGUGCUGGAGCUGGAGAUGAACAGGGAUCUGAAGGAGACCUUAAACUCCAUGCAGAUGCCUAAAGUGGAGUACAAGGAAAUAACCAUAGAAGAUUACACACUGACGAUGCAGAUCCUCAAACCCGCCAUCUUUCAGGACACAGGGCUUUACCCGCUGCUGCUAUUAGUGGAUGGGACACCCGGGGGGCAGAUGGUCACAGAGAAGUUUCAGGUGGACUGGGCCACGGUGCUGGUCAGCAGCUUCGGCGUCAUCGCGGUCCGCUUCGAUGGGCGGGGCAGCGGGUUCCAGGGCACCAACCUCCUUCACAAAGUGCAGCGGAAGCUGGGCGUGUUUGAGGAGAAGGACCAGCAGGAGGCGCUAAGCAUCAUAUCGAAGGAAGCUUACAUUGACAAAACCCGAAUCGGAGCCUUUGGGAAGGUGUAUGGAGGGUAUCUGACCAGCCUUCUCCUCAGCACUGAAGAGUCCUUGCUGAAGUGUGGGGCAGCCCUCUCACCCAUCACAGACUUUAAAUUAUAUGCUUCUGCGUUUUCAGAGAGGUAUUUGGGAUUACCAAAGACAGACACGAGGGUUUACGCGAUGGCAAACUUAACAAAUCGUGCAUCUCAGCUCAUCGAUAAAAAAUAUCUGAUUAUUCAUCCAACAGCAGAUGAAAAAGUCCAUUUCCAGCACACUGCGAAGUUUAUCACCCAGUUAAUCAGUGAAAAGGCAAAUUACACUCUACAGAUCUACCCUGACGAGGGACACUUCAUUCACAACGAGGCCACGAGGCAGCACCUCAGUCAGUCACUGGUGAACUUUUUCGAGGACUGUUUCAGACUACCGGAGAAGGUGUUCGAGGAGAGACUGGAGGAGGAGAGCGAAGAGGAGGGCUAGACCACAGCACCCGGCCCAGCACACGCCAGCUCUCUCAACACAAUAUGCAACCCAUGGCUUUCUUUUUCUGCCACCCCACCUC